GCCCCGCGCUGAGCACGCCGGGAAGCCGACGCCCAAGAUGGCGGCAGGAUUGAAAAGUUGUUGCCGCUGGGGCUGCUGAGUCCGCGGCGGGGGCCGGCGGGAGGGAGCGCGGCUGGCGGCGCGGCCAUGGCAGCCCGCUGAGGGGGCGCUCGGCCGGCCGCCGACGGGGCGCGGCUGCGGGGAUGCCCCCGGGGAGCCGGGGCCGCAGGAGGCAGCAGGAGCCCGGGGCAGCCGCCGCCCCUCACCCCCCGCCUGAGACAUGGAGGAGGAGGGCAAGAAGGGCAAGAAGCAGCCUGGAAUAGUGUCCCCUUUCAAACGCGUCUUCCUGAAAGGUGAAAAGGGUCGGGAUAAAAAGGCCCAGGAAAAGGUUACGGAAAGACGACCUCUUCAUACAGUACUGCUGUCCUUGCCUGAUCGAGUUGAACCAGACAUAUUGUUGAAUGACUACAUUGAAAAGGAAGUCAAGUAUUUAGGCCAACUAACAUCCAUCCCAGGGUACCUGAAUCCCUCCAGUCGUACUGAAAUAUUGCAUUUAAUAGACAAUGCAAAGAGGGCACAUCAGCUCCCCGGGCAGCUGACCCAGGAACAUGAUGCUGUGAUUAGUCUGUCUGCCUACAACGUCAAGCUGGUGUGGCGGGAUGGAGAGGAUAUCAUACUCAGGGUCCCCAUCCAUGACAUCGCAUCUGUGUCAUACAUCCGCGAUGACUCCUCACACCUGGUAGUGCUGAAAACAGCUCAGGACCCUGGGAUCUCCCCAAGCCAGAGUCUUUGUGCAGAGAGCUCCAAAGCACUUACUUCAGGCUCGCUGUCCGAGAGUGGCGUGGUACCUGUCGAAGCUUGUUGUUUGGUGGUCCUGGCUACAGAGAACAAAGUAACUGCAGAGGAACUCUGCUCACUUCUCAGCCAAGUCUUCCAGAUCGUUUACACUGAGUCCACAAUAGACUUCUUAGAUAGAGCAAUAUUUGAUGGGGCCUCCACACCAACGCGCCAUAUGUCCCUACACAGUGAUGACUCUUCAACAAAAGUGGACAUUAAAGAAUCUUACGAAACAGAAGCAAGCACUUUCUCCUUUCCGGAAUCUUUGGAUACAGGCGGCAACUCGCCCUCUUCCUUCUCAACGCCUCAGUCGCCCCACGUUAAGACGGUCAGUGAAAGCGAGCUGAGCACCACGGCAACGGAGCUGCUCCAGGACUACAUGAUGACGCUAAGAACCAAACUCUCUUCCCAAGAGAUCCAGCAGUUUGCAAUGCUCCUGCACGAAUAUCGCAAUGGGGCUUCAAUACACGAAUUCUGCAUCAACCUGAGACAGCUCUAUGGGGACAGUAGGAAAUUCCUGUUACUAGGCCUUAGACCGUUCAUUCCUGAAAAGGACAGCCAACACUUUGAGAACUUCCUAGAAACCAUCGGGGUGAAGGAUGGCCGGGGAAUUAUCACAGACAGUUUCGGGAGGUACAGACGGACUCUGAGCACUACCUCCAAUUCAACGACCAAUGGGAAUGGAGCUGCGGGGAGCUCGGAUGACCAGUCUGCCCCUUCCGAGGGAGACGAGUGGGACCGAAUGAUCUCUGACAUAAGCAACGACAUUGAAGCUCUAGGAUGCAGCAUGGACCAGGAUUCAUCAUGAGACACUGCUGUGGGAGGGAGGAUGAGAAGACAGCUCCUUUCAAAGGGGCUGUAUUGUUCUUUCACCCCCAUGUAGCGAUUGCAGCAACGUUUGCUGCUGUCUUCCUGACCUUCCAGUCUGAAAGAGGCUCCAAGGAUGAGUUGGGAUGUGAUUAUUUCCCCCCUUGUCAAUGGCUUCACUGGUGCCCAUUUUGUGAUGGUGGCUGGUGCCCUCUUACUGUGAAGGCAUGUGUGUGUCUUCGUGCAGGUGAGCGUGCUGUGUGAGAGUAACCCGGGUUGAGAGAUGGAACCGGAGUCCCUUCCUCUGACUUCUUAGAACUCUCUUCGGUUUUGUGUUUUCUUUGCUGUCGUCGCUCUGGAGUGAUGCAACGAAGCUGGGGCAAGAAACUUGCAUUGAGCAGUAACAGCUCGCUGGGACCCGAUGGCGGGUUUACAGUUUUGCACAUGAUAUUCCUAUUGUAACUCAGACUUUUUUUUUUAAAUGAAGUUUACCACAAUGUGAAUAAUUUAAACCUAUUGUUGGUGUUGUCGAAACAUUUCUAAUCCGAACCUGAAGGCUGUCUGCUGCGAUACUGACGUGAUUGUUUUGUAGUGAAGGCCAACGUUGGCUGCUCUUCAUUGGUCACAGAGGGAACUCUGCAAAUGUGACCUCUGGGCUGUCCCCUUGCAGGAGGGGAGUUGCGUGGCGUGGGUAACCUUGGCCUUUCGCCUCUAGCACUCUGGUUCAAAUUCAGCCCAUAGUGCAGAGUGGGGCAUGAGUGUUGGUGCAUUUAGCGCUGUCCUAGUGGACAGUCUAGGUCUAAAACCAAUCCUGCCAUUCAGCAUGGCUGGCAGUCUUUGCUCAGGAAAAGCCUAGGACCUGAGGGAAAUAGGAGAUGGAACCACAUUUUUACCUCUAGCAAAGUCAUUGGUUGGGCGCGUGUGUGCGUGUGUGUGUGUGGUGAGAGCUCCUGUUGUGGCUCUGUGUGCUCUCUGGCCUGGGGCUACAUGGAUUCAUGUUUCCAAUGCUGCUAGCCCCUUAACCUUCACAAGCACAACUGUUCAUUCAGUAAAACCCGAUCUCAAUCCCAGUCCAGCACAAGUAGACGUGACAGGUUUCCUGCUGCUCCCCAGAGGGCGCCAUGGUGCAUAUAUACCUCCCCAACACCCGUAGCAUCUGUCCCUGCAAGGUGCUUGGGCACCUCCUGCAGGACUGACGCUGUUAAGGAGUUCAGGGCUCUGAGCAUCUAGCAGGAUUGACUCCAACAGAUGGUGGUGAAUUCAAACAGGAAGUGACCGUAAAUUUGUUCUAUUGCUUAGAAUUUCCCCUUUAAGGUUACAAUAACCAGGAAAUUCUCAGUCAGGCUGAGUUCAACAUCAGUAGCUAUUUGCAUGGGGAGUGGAUUUUGGUCACCCUUGAAGGGUGAGAUGGUAACAAGUUAAACUGAUAAAGUAAACUUUCUAUGAAAUUAGCAGUGGGAUGGAUGUAUAGAUAUCUAAUGUACAGGUUGUAUAUAUUAUACAGGCAAUUAUAAAUACACUUAUUUUUUGUAUCUGUAUUCCAUGCCAUAAUAUCUAUACUGGCCGCUAUAACUGACCUUCAAAGGAACAUUUGGUUGAUACUUCAGCCCUUUCAGUAGCAAAACCCUAUUUGUUCAUGGACUCCAGGGGUUUCUUUCUUCACUUUUUUUGAUAUAACUGAAAGUAAAUUAAAAUCCCGUACUGGUGGCUGGGCACGUUAGUUUGUCAAGAAUAGGACAUCAAACAGAGCUGGCAUUCUGUUCCCACGCGUACUUCCACUGAAACAAGAGAGCUCCAAAGUCUGUUUUUCUGUGUUCAAUACAGGACCCUGUGGCACAGUCAUGCACUGACCUGGCUGAGGGAUCUCCUCCUCUUCAAGACAUCCGUUAACUUCACCUGGUUGCAGCAUGCGGUUCUCCUGACCUACAGUGCUGUAGGCCCGAAACGUCACUGGAAUUCUUUACAUUUUCAGUAACAUCCACUGCCUGACACAAGGGAAAAUGCCCAUAGUUCAUUUUUAUUUUUAGAUAAUAUUCUUAGUCAUUCCUUUUACCUCAAUGUUGGUGAAAUUAAAAGAUAGGAUCCUAGGAUGACUUUUUUAAACCAAAAACCCAAAGGAAAAGCCACCCACGGUUCAUAUUGAAAUAUGGAUGGUUCAAAAUUUCAUUUUUUUUCCGAGCGAGAAUGGUACUGUCCAGUGAAACCAGACUUCAGUGACUAAUAGGGAAUCGACAAAAAGCAGUGGCUGAAUGAAGGGGACUUUUGAUAAGAACAGAACUGUGCAUGGAGAAUUUGAGGAUACUUUGGUGUGGUCUCCUAAGAGAGGAAGCUGCUCAAGGAUGGGAUCUGGUAGGGACUCCUUACAUACCUAAUGUUUGCUUGUGCUUUUAAAAAACCCCUUCGGCAGAGCAUAAACCACGAAUGCAUUGGUGAGAGUCUUUUGCUACUGAAGUUCCCUGAAUGUCUAGCCUCGCCAUGGAAAGAGACAGUCAAGCACCACAGAGGUUAUUUUUGCUUUCUAAUCAUGUGAUAAACACACACAGUUCUUCCUGCAAAACAAGCCCGUGGCUCUAAAAGAUCAUGGCCCUAGACACUAGAUGGAAACGGUUCUCAAUCAGCUUGUCCAUCCAAUGUUCCCCAAGUAUGUUUUGAUGAUUUUUGUCUAGUCCAGUAUUCAGUGAUAUCCCAACUGAUCUCAAUUAUUGUUCCAGCAAUCCCAAGACACUUCUCCCCACCAUUAGCAAGUGUUCCCUGAUUCAGCUAAGUUCCCCCUGCCCCUUCCCCCAAUUGUUUCCUGUUACUCCUUCCAAAACCAUCUUAAACUAUUCCUCCACCUUGAUGUUUCUCUCUCUCCAUUACUCGUAGACCGUUAUCACACCCACCUUCCUCAUCUAGCCAAGCUAGCUACUCUUAUUUUUCCCCCUGUAUACCAGUCACUCCAGCCCCGGAAUCGUUUCUCUGCUCUUCUCUCACUUUUGUCCUACUUGUUGACCGUCUUUCUGGCCCUGUAGUGCCCAGAACUGAAUGCAGUCUCUUCCGGGCAGCCUUACCAGAGCCUGCUGGCAGAGGGACGAAGAUCUCCCUGGUCAGGAUCAGGGGCAUUCUGCACAUAGACUAACUUCUGCCUCCAUAUCACAUGCAAGUUCCUAUCUAAGUUGCUGUCCACUAGCAGCCCCGUGACUCAUUACUGCUUUCGAGGGGUUCCCCUCCUGUUGUGCCUCUCCAGUGGGGUUCCCCUCUCCCCACAUGUUAGCUUUGCAUUUGAGCAGAUUCAAUCACCUGCCUCCUGCAAAUGCUCUCACUAGGCCUGUGCUGCAAUUAGACACCCAUGGCUGGCCCCUGCUGCCUGACUUGGGCUCGUAGGUCUCGGCCUGCGGGGCUGUUUAAUUGCAGUGCAGAUAUUCAGACUCGGGGAGCUUUGGGACCCUCCCACCUUGCAGGGUCCUAGAGCCCAGGCUCCAGCCCAAGUCCACACUGCAGUUAAAUAGCCCUGCAGCCCAAGUCAGCUAGCACGGGCCAGCUGCAGGUUUUUAAUUGCAGUGUAGACAUCCCCUCACGAAGCACAGCCUGUUUUAAAUAGGGGGGUUGGAGCAGGAAGCACAUGGCUGCUCCCUAAGCUGGCUGCCUUCAAUUACUUGGUUUCUGCUGCCCUUGGCACUCGGAAUACACUACGGCAUGGGUGCCCUGGAGCCCUGUGACCUACAAGGGGAGGACUGAGCUCGUCAGUGGCAGGUUUGUAUUGCUGGGAGUGUCUAACCAACAGGAACAUUCAAGUCACCAAAGAACAUGUCAGAUCUAUUGUGUGCACGUCUUUAUUUGUAUACAAAAAUGCUGGAAAUCUUGUGUGCGGCAGCUGCAGCUCUUGGGGCCCCUGGUUCAUGACCAGUGCUGCCCUCCAUCCUCUCAAAGCUUGGCUGUCCCUGCAUUACAACCACCGCUUGUCCUUCAGCCCCCCCUCUUCCCAGCAAACACACGUGUGUGUGCACACGGACGCCAAGGAGAAAGGAGUGUUGGAAAGAGCUGGAGUAGCACCACACAAGUAUUCCCGGUGUUGGUGCGCUUUCCCCUCGGACCACAAUCAUUCUCUUUUACGUUGAAAGGAGCAUUUAUUCUGGUGCUUUCUGCCCCCCUUUGCAAUUGUGUUUUUCUGGGAAAGAAAUUGAUAGGAAAUUGCAAUUUCUGACUGAAUGGUCUGUCCAAGAAUUGAGUUCAGAAUUCAAAUACCGUAUUGACUCUGUAUAUAAUUUUGAGAGGCAGACGAUAUCAAGAAAACCUUCUACAUCUAGACUGCCUAGUACGGUUGUAACCUUGAGUUUAGGUACGGGGAAGAAACUGGGUUGUUGCUACACCUUUAAAGCUCUGCUGUUUUAGCUUACAUAACGGUAUUAAGUCUAAAACACUUCUGAAAUUACUUCCUCAUCUUUGUCUUCUGUCAGUUUCCAAGGCUCUUCUUAAUGGAAUUGGGACUAAGUAGAAGCCAUUGCAGAUUUACUGUAGGCUAGUUUUCUGUACAGAAGAGAGCCUUUCUAUUCUUCAGAAGCACUAAGAUGACAGGGACAUGAUUGAUUACUUUCUACAUGGAUCAUUCUUACAGUUGCCAUCAACUUAAGAGGCUUUCAAACCCAGGAGCCUAAAGUUAAAUCCAUAAAUUCUGUAGGCACCUAACGGGGGCUGCAUUUUCUGGAAUACUGGGCACCAAAGUUUCCCAUGGCCUCCCCUGGGACUGCGGAGUGCACAGCACUCUUGAAAAUCUUGCCACUUCUUCAGGAGUUUAACUUCUGAUUUUUUGAAAACAUUGAAAAUCAUCGGAAAAGUACUGCCCUAAAGGGGAAUUGACGUGAGAUCUUGCAGCAGAGAUAUGCUGCCGCUGCAGACGGUAAAACGGUCAGGUGACCGAGACUGCAGUGAUACUUGUCCGGCACGAUAAAAUCGUAGCCUGACAUUUGUGUCUUGAUGCGGUGUUCCAUCAGGUCAUGGUAGCAUCAUCCGGUCAUGACGCGACAGCUUUGUGUAUUGAAGUGAAGCCAGGACAGCAUGUCAGGAUGCCCCAAAUUUGGGACAGUUAAAGUAGCAUCCUGCAAAUUAAAUGGAUAAGACAGAUGAAUGGAAACCUGAGGCUGCUUUGCCCUGUUAGAUGAAUUCCUGGACAUCUGGCAGCAUGCGCCCAAACAGAAAAGCAGGCGUCUCUUGCUGUGCACAGCUAUGUCUUGAGGUUGGAUUUUCCCAACUGUUCUAGUGGGGAAACAUUUUGACUGGGCCAAUCUUAUUUCUGGUGUAACUUUGUCUUCAGUGGAGUUACUCCAUGGAUUAAUAAUUCCCCUCAAUUUUUGUACUAGUUUCCAAGAUUUAGGAUCUUUCAUUCAAAUGUGAUUUUAGAUUCUAAGCUAACUGGAAUAGCAAGAAAUGUGUAUAGCUUUGUCAUAGGCCCAAGAGCCAGCUCUCGGUUUCCCCUUUUGGCUAUAUAAAUCAGUCCUGACUCACGUUGCCUUCAAUAAUCCCUUAUUCAUGGGGAGCUUCAUUCAUUAAUAACCAAUAACUAACAGAAAGAAAUAGUCCCAGGUCUCCAUUUCCUUCUUACUAGAAUUGCCAUUGUCGUCUUGCCUCUUCUCAUCAGAAAACUGCCAGCAGCCCCCUGGCCUUCCCAGACUCCGCUGCUUCACCCCGUCCAUGCUGGGCCUCAGUCUCUACUUGCUCCCUCUAUGGGGUAUGUGUCUCCUGGUCAUCAUGCUCUUCCCCUUGCUGCUCCCUUCCCAGGAGUCAGGCUCAAACUGCAGGCCUCUCUGCUCGAGGCAAACACCAGCUCUCUUCCUGGAGCUCCCCUUCACCUGGGACUUGGACAGUUCUCUUGGGGAUCUCUCACUCUCAACUCUAAGUGCUCAUUCAGGGCUUAUUCCCAGAGAGGCCUUGUCCUCCUCUUGUGGUUCCUCCAGGCUGCAUCAGCUGCAGGGCUUCUCUAGAGAGCAUCUUCCCUUCCUGGGUGACUUCCUGUUAUAGGAGUCUCCUCUUAACACAGCUGCUCCAUUUCUAAUUAGUUAAAGGGGCCCUACCUGGAUCACCUCAGGCUCCCAGGUAUUCCCCACAGAGUCGUCAUGGGCCAGUUAGGCCCCGAUACUCCCUGAAGAGCCUCUGGCCCCAUGACAAGCUUCUAAUGUGACUCCUAUGAGAUGGGGAGGCGGGAGGAGAGAUUUUUACAUCCCAAGCAGGCUGCUCUGUGCCUAGCACAUUCUGCUGCAUCAAUACCGUCUUGCUGCCACCAUCGUCUGACUAGACCGGACAUCCUCCAGGCAUUGUUGGCUCUGGUCCUUGAUCGAGAGAUACUAUGCUAUGUCCACUUGCAGCUGUCACUGGCCUGGUGGAAGCUCUCCUGUGGAGCAGAUGCAGUUACAUGAGAUUAAAUUCUUCCCCAGUGUUUGUACUGCCACCAAAGUUCCCACUGAAGGUCUCUCUUUGGAGUUGCUUAGUCCUCUCUGCUGUGGCGCUGGCAUGCUACCCUGGGAGUGGGGAGGGGGAGCCUUUCACCAUUGACUGGCUUCAUGAAGAGGCUUUCUAUGAUAUGGGGCCUCAUGAGGAGUGUUGAACUAAAUGGGGCAUGUCCGUCUGGGGUUCAUUUCGGGGCAAAGCCCCAGGGAGGGAGCAGGUGGGCAACCGUUUGCCUGAGCUGAAUGACUGCAUUUCUCCAUUAAUUAGCUUACAGGUCAUUAAUUUUAGUUCAACACCAUGAUGCCAUAAGUCAGGAUUUCCCCAGUGCUCACCUGCUGAUACUUACUGUGUUGGCACCUUAAUGGCAGGCCUCCAGGCCUGCUGACGCCAAAGACGUGUUAAUUGAAAAAUCUAUGCAUGAAUGAGUUCUUAAAUUGAUCAGACAGUUUUGUUUCCCCCGUUUGGCUAGUAACUAGCUGGCAGGCCCAUGUGUAAAGUCACCAAGUUCUAUGCGUGACUCUCCAAAUGUCUGAGACGAUCAACUGGGCAAAACAAAAAUUCAUAUCCUUGCAACCUAAAGAAGUAACAUGCCAGAAGGUGCAUGAACUUGGAGGUUGAAAUUUAAACGUUGUGGUUUCUUUUCAGGUUAACAAAUUCACCUUUUCCCAAUCUUUCCAAUGCCGUGGGGGAGUGAGGCAUUGUAGCUUCUUAGUGUGUGUUGUGUUGGAGAGCACUGCUGUUAAAGGGGACACAGUUGAUCUUACUCAGUGGGUAGGUGCAGGGCGCUGGUGUGGGAAACCCCUGGUAAUAACAGCUUUUAGCCUUUCCGUUGGAUGCAGGCCUCUUGUGGAUUCCUAUUCAAUAUUCCUGCAGGAUUUGUGCAUUGGAGUCCAGAUUUUUUUUUUUAACAGCACAAACCAUUGGUACAAUGCUAAAUCCAUCAAUUCUUCAGAAACGGGGGAUGUGAGCGUUUAUCCAGAGUCUUUCUGUAGUUUGAGUUCUUAGUGCCUUUUUAUAUCUUCACUGUUUGGAAAGAAAUGAAGUUUAACAGUCAUUGAAGAUUUGUGAAAAUAAAAUCCUAUUUUUGAAACAAUUGUAUAAUGAAAUCUAUAAAAGACAGAUCAGCUGCAGUAUUUUUUAUACUUUAUUCAUUGGGAGACGUGACUUAAUUCUGGUACUAACUGUGUUAAUUGUAGCUUUUGGUUUUGCCAGGGAGUGAGCAAUGGGGGCUUCGUCCCAGACAGGCCCAGAGUGAUUCUUAAGCACAUCAGACCCUUGGUCUACCAGUAAAAGACACGUCUCUUUCCCUUUUCAUUCAAAGCUUUUGGUUGGACUAUGAAGCCAACCAAGCUACCAAAGAUCCAGUUGAGUUUCGUAAAUUAAAACGGGGACUUUGCAUGUUUGAAGUAUGUUUUACCUUGUGAUGAUCUUUGCCUUGGUUUCAUCCCAACAUCGUUUUUAUGCUGGUGUUUUUGUAUGUAUGCUUUUAUGUAUGGAGUAUUUGUUACAGGUAAAUAUAAUUCUGCACCUGAUGCUUA